AUGAUCCUCCUCCGGUCCUCUCUGCGGAGGUUAGGACCGUCCCGGGAUGUCUCUCUUCUGUGCUCCCAAUGCCUCCACCGUCGCGUCCAUCCUCCUCCCUCCGCUGUCCGCAGCUUCCUUUCGUCUGCGCGAUGGCAGUCCGGUGUCGUCGAUACCCAAUCCCCGUCGUCGGCGUUGAAUAAGACAUAUUUCUCGGCGAACAGUGCGACGAAGAACUCUCUGGACAAACAUGGCGUGUCGUCCUCCGUUCCGCCCAAUUCCUCCGCAGCAACCGCGCAAACCGAGAACAGUUCCCCUCCAACUGCUGCGGACACAAAUCAAACAGAACUUCCACAUCGCAGAAGGAAACGGCUCAAGGAGGAAUCGGCCAGGAACAAGUCCGAUGACGACCAUGUUAUACCCCCCGAUGCCUCUGCGCAGCUGUCCACCAUGUCCUCCUCUCUCCCCACAACGUCCCUCCGCCGCAAAUUGGCCGCCUUUCUUGCCCUCACAAAACCCCGUCUCUCGGUAUUGAUCGUGCUAUCGACGACGUCGGCAUAUGGAAUGUAUCCAAUCUCGUCACUCCUGGCUCUCGACCCGUCCAUAGCCCCGCUACCGACUCUCUCCACCUCCACCUUGACCUUCCUUUACUUAACCGCCGGAACUUUCCUCUCCUCGUGCAGCGCAAACACUCUGAAUAUGGUCUUUGAACCCAAGUACGAUGCGCAGAUGUCGCGUACACGGAAUCGUCCAUUAGUCCGCGGACUGGUUUCCCGCCCCGCCGCCGUGCUGUUCGCCAUCGCAACCGCUGUCGCCGGCCUAGGCCUCCUAUAUUUCGGUACGAAUCCCACCGUGACGGCACUGUCCGCCGGCAACAUCGCCCUGUACGCCUUUGUCUACACCCCCAUGAAGCGGAUACACGUGAUAAAUACCUGGGUUGGCGCCAUCGUUGGGGGAAUCCCGCCGCUUAUGGGCUGGGUCGCUGCUGCUGGCCAAACCGCUACCACCGGGCACGACACAUGGCGCGACAUGCUGUUCAGCGAGGACAGCAUUGGUGGUUGGCUUCUGGGCGGUAUUUUAUUCGCGUGGCAGUUCCCUCAUUUCAACGCUCUCUCCCAUACGAUUCGGGAAGAGUACAAGGCCGCCGGGUACAAGAUGCUCGCCUGGACCAACCCUGCGCGCAAUGCUCGUGUCGCCCUGCGCUACUCAGUUCUCAUGUUUCCCCUCUCUAUCGGUCUCUGGUGGGUCGGCGUGGUCGGCCAUGGCUUCCUGGUCGGCAGCACGGUAGCCAACGGCUGGCUGGUCAAGGAGGCGUACCGGUUCUGGAAACAUCAGGGUGCCAACGGUACCGCCCGUGGUCUCUUCUGGGCCAGUAUUUGGCAACUUCCCAUUUUGCUGGUCGGAGGCCUUGUGACCAAGAAGGGCUUGUGGGAUGGUGUGUGGAGAAACGCAUUCGGUCAGCCCGAGGAGGACGAGGAUGAUUACCUCUAUUAUGACGAGGAAGAGGCUGAUGAGAGGGAAUCAACUGCACAGAGUAGUGCUUCAGCAUCCAAUUCGGCGUCGCGUCGUACGACUUCCACUGCGUGA